GUCACUUGACGCACAGAGAAAGAAGUCUAUUUGUUUACGCAAAAGCGGCAGUAAAAAAUUUAGAAAAUUGUAUUUUGUAUUUAGAUUUCAAGAAGACAUAAUAACCGUCUUGCUUGUUUAAAUUAAAUCGAACUAAAUACAAUACAGUUAUAUGCGAUUGAAUAUUUCAGUCAGUGAAAUAUUUUAGGUUACCUGUUAGGGCUUUGACUAAUCAUUCUCUCCCUUGUUUAAUCUUUUUGUGAUAAUGGCUGAUAUACGAGAUAUUAUGGAGCUGGAGAGGCCUCCAACUCCGGAAGUAACAAAAGAAUUCAUCCUUGGUAGCGAUAAACCUAAGAAGAAAUUCACAAAUGUUCCAAAAGCUCCUAAACGUCCUGAGGGAAUGCACCGGGAGGUUUUUGCUCUGUUGUAUAAUGAUACAAAAGAUGCUCCACCUUUAUUUCCCACAGAUACAUGUUAUAAACAAAAAAUUGAUUUGACAAUGCGAAAACCAAGAAAAUGGGCUUGGAUGGAAUUCAAGAACCCAGCCAGGACUGAUGGGGCCACAUUCUACCAUUGGAGACGUCCUUCAGAUGAGCCUAAGGAAUAUCCGUUUGCAAAGUUCAAUAAAAAAAUUGAAAUUCCAACCUAUACCGAUGCAGAGUAUCAGCAGUACCUAAAAGAUGAUAAAUGGUCCAAAGAUGAAACGGAUCAUUUGAUGGAUCUAGCAGGUAGAUUUGAUCUCAGGUUCAUCAUAAUGGCCGAUAGGUUUGACAGAGAAAAGUUCUCUACUAAAAGAUCUGUGGAAGAUUUGAAAGAAAGGUACUUCAAAGUGAUAGGAACAUUAGCAAAGUUGAAUGGAGAUAAAAAAAUCUACACAUAUGAUGCAGACCAUGAGAGGAGGAGAAAGGAACAGCUCAAAAGGCUGCAUGAAAGGACAACAGAACAGAUUGAAGAAGAGCAGUUCUUGCUUGGCGAACUGAAAAAGAUAGAAGCGAGAAAGAAAGAGCGUGAACGUAAAACUCAAGAUUUACAGAAGUUGAUCAGUCAAGCAGACAGCCAGGUUGAAACACCCAAAAAGAUUGACAAAAAAUUACCGAAAAAAAAAUUGUCAAAUCCUUCCCGUCCUUCAAGAGUCGAUACCACACAUAUUUUACAGGCUAUAGAAACAGCUGGAAUCAAAUUUCCAGAUUAUAAAAAUAGCGGUGUUUCUUUACGAUCGCAAAGAAUGAAACUACCAGCUAAUGUUGGACAGAAGAAAUCGAAAGGUAUUGAACAGAUGAUACAAGACAUGGGAUUAGAAUUAAAUCCUACUCCAACGGAAGAGGUUUGCAUGCAUUUCAAUGAACUUAGGAGCGAUAUGGUUCUUCUCAUGGAACUGAAAUCGGCCCUUGCUUCUUGUGAAUUUGAGCUACAAUCUCUGAGGCAUCAGUAUGAAGCUUUGAAUCCAGGAAAGACCCUCAAUAUUCCACCACAGUUGCUAUCUUCGUCGGAAAAUGACAACAAGCACUUGAAUUCAGGGGAAAUCAUCGAUGUGGUAGGAUCGCCAGGCAACCCAAACACUUAGCGAUUAAAAAUCAAAUUUACGGUUAUAAUUUCUGAGAAUUUUUAUUGUAACUCUGAGGAUUGACAUUGUGAAGCAGCCUGCCUUUCGUCAAAUAACGAUUUUGAAAAAAUACAAUUGUAAAUUUGUAUAUAAUGUGUUUCAGAUAAGUUAUACUUGUAAUUCUUAGUCUUGACUCAAAUAAAUUACAUUACAAAAG